AGGUUUGCUUAGUACGUCCAUUCUUCCACAUGGACGUACGUCGCAGCUUUCUAAUACGGGAGUUUUUCCGGUAGGGAAAAACUUGCAGCUCUCCGCCCAACGACAUACCAGUACUAGCGUAAGAGCCAAGAAGAAAAGAUGCCGCCUGGUUCGUUGCAGCAAGUGCUGCACACGCUGUUCCACCCUUUCGACACUGGACCCUACCACGCCGGAGAACUAUCUGGAGAUGAUUUCUUUCGCGCACACUUCGAUACUAAGUACACGACAUCUUGGACAAACUACGGUGGUGCAGCCACCAAACACCAGCACGGCGGUAGUACGACCGUUGGUCGCUAUGAUAGCAGCUCACUAUGGAACGCAAUUGAUUCUCUGUUCAAUAUCGCAAGCUGUAGUAGUAGCUCGAAGCGGGUCACCAGUCCGGUGCACAGAAGAUUUUCCACUUUCACUUCUCAUGCCAGUGGCGCGUCGCCGUUUUCGAACACCGGCCCAUUUGCGGCCGAGGAACAUCAACUACCUCGCACGACUAAGAGAAUAGCUGCAAGGGUGAAGACCAGCAGGAACUACAAGCCGCCAUCAAUAGCCACAGUUGCAGGCACUACUUCCUUUCUGAAGGCGACCGACCCUCGCGCCCCGACUUCCGGGUCCGGUGCGGACUUCUGUUGCAGCAAGAAGCUCGGGCGCUGUAUGAACAAAGCGAAGUGCCCUUACGGGUACUACAAGUGUCACAACGGGUGUAUGAACCUGAAGAAGAUCGCGUACUCCCAGAAAGGCGCGUUCGAACGGGAACACGUCACGGUGGACCAGGAUUUCCACAUCAAGUCCAUUGACACGGCGGAGCUGCCCAUUCUGAGGCACAAGGGCCAGGCCUGCCUCCCGCACUGUUUCGACAAGACCGGCCCCUGCCCGGAGUUCUGCGGGAAUGGCAUGUGCUGCCAGAAAGGGCAGGCGGGCAACUACUGCGAUGGCGACAUCGGCGGGGAGGACAAGCCGGUGUGCGUCAUGCGGUCCGUAGAGCCCUCCGCCGCCCCCGUCGACCACUUGGACCAGGCGUGUCAGUCCCAGUGCGGGUCGAACGGACCGUGCCCCGACUUUUGCGGGGCGGGCUUGUGCUGCAAGAACGGCGAGACCGGGAAUGGGUGCGACGGAAGUAUGGGGCAGAUGAACGGCAGCAAAGCGCUCCGCGUGUGCGUCCGGGGCCGCCCGCCAGCGGAUUUGAUGCCCCCGCAGGGGCCGCUGUUCGUGCAGGGAAUGCAGGCCGGGGCGGAGAUUAUGGUCGUGAACAAAGACACAAAAGAGUUCCGGAACCAAGACCCGCAAGUUUUGCUGAAGCAAUUGAACGAGUACAACAAGGGCGAGAUCUACAUCAUGGGCCCGCCGGCGAAAAACCCAAGGUGCUCGGACGCACAGAACUACUGCAACAUGCGGGGAGAUACACUCGACGCCCGAUUCAACGCGGUACUUACAGAAGCGCCUUGAUUUCGACCACAUGGUUUCUCUCGUUUUAAUUAUCAGAAGAAAUGAAGAUUGAGAACAAGCCUCCGUCGUUUACCAAUCCAAUGAGAAUAUAAAAAUUGGCUCGCGCUAGAAGAUGCUUAUUCACAAUGGCUGUCGCGUUGCACUAUUUUUGCAAAUCAAAAAAUUGAAACACCUCUACUAAAUUCAACCCAGCCCGCGGGCUGCAAAGACCACAUCGGAUGCGAUAGCGACCAAAUCUGCUGUUGCAAGAAGACGGGUAGGAAGUUUCCCUGCGAAGUUGACGAGUACAAACUACCCAUGUACAACGGGCAACCGAUGUGCGCGUUGUCAGACUUCGACGAGCAACAAGUGCAGAAGGAAAUGGUUCUAGGCGACAACGGGUGGGCCGGGUGGUCGGACGAAAACGUAGCUGAGGCGUAG